AACAUACUGGAUGCCAACCGCCGUUAAACUCCAAAGAAGAAGUAAACAGGAAUCAAGAACACGUUAGCGUUUUUAUUUAUACAACAAUGGACCUCGAAAUAUGACUCUUAACUGUACAGCAUAACAUACUUAUCCCAUGUAGUCAUUAAUUCGAUUUGGAGAUAGCAUCUAUCAGUCAAGUCCUAUCUAGGUAACGUUCAUGUUAGCCUGCUGCUAACAAUGGCUAACUCGAACUGUGUGGUUUUUCACACUCAAAUAGCCUCCAUCAUGGAGGUUCUAGCGAAUGCAGCCGUGGCGGAGAUCUGUAAAGUCGUAGACGACGACUAUGAAGUGUUUCGUUUGGAAAUAACUCAAAGCCAGAAAGAAAACAGAGCAUUGAGGAGGAAACUACAGCUACUGGAAAUGAAGGUGUCACGGGAACGCGUCCUCGCCAGCCCGAGAAGUGUCAAGAUACUCGACCGAUACAGAGUAACGGCAAGAGGUGAAGGACAUCUCACUGGAGGCCACAGGAGCUUUGUGAAGCCAGCGGGACACAAUACAUGGAGAGAUGACCAACCAAUCACUGUUGAUGAGGGGAGUGGAACCUCAACCGAGCACAUUAUUGUGAUAGAGGCUGCAGAUAUAGAGGCUGCAGGUCCUGGGGUCAAGCAGGAGAGGUCUGUAGGAGAGGAGGACCUCCAGACUGCAGCACCGCCUGAAGUCACGGAGGACCUCACUGCCGCCGCACCGCAGCCCAGGACCCGACGCAGCAUCACGGAGGAGGAGGAGGGUCCAGAGGUGCUGCUGGUGAAGGAGGAGGGGUGUGAGGAGGGUCUGGGAAACCCUGAGGGGACCAUGGUCAUGGAGGACAACCAGACUACACCUCCUCCUGAACCCACAGAGGAACCAGCUGAACAGCACAGGACCACACACAGUCUCACUGAGUCAGUAGACAUGAAGGAUGGGAAGCCUGAUCUGCUGUUGGUCAAAGAGGAGACAAUAGAAGAUGUACCAGAGAGGAUUGACCUGCUGAGUGGACUAAAGAUGGGGGAGCAAGGUGAUUGGCUGGAGGCUAACAGAGGAGACUGGGGAGCCGUCUUGGAUUCCCAGACCCAGACUGGUGCAGCCAAGGGCCCAGGGGACGACAUCACUGAGCAGGCCAGGACCAGAGGUGACAUAGUGGAGUCUGCAGUCCAUGAAGACCUGCUGAUAUCCAGUGUUACUGGUGGGAGAGACUGGACCUCCGAAGCGGCUGGUCACAAACCCUGGCCCCGGAUGAGAACCAUGGAUCAGGAGCCGUCACUAUUCCUUCCUGAAUCGGAACCAGGACCCAACUGCAAGAGACAGAGAUUCCACCACCACACAGAACACAACCAGUGGACAGAUGGACUGAACAACCUCAGUCCUGGUGGUCAUCAGAGAGACAGAGGCUCCAGUCAGGGAUCCAGUCUGCAGCCCAGACCCUUCUCUUCACAGUCUCAGUGCGGGGAUGAAGCAGGGCCUGGGGCUGAUAGAGAUAGACCCUCCUGUUCCUAUGAUACAAACGUCAAAGUAUCCAUGAUGAACAGAGCAGGUCACCCUGGGCUUCAGCCUUCACAGAGAGUGGUGGGAGACCCCCCUGGUGGUAGUCUAUCAGCAAGUCUGUCUUCUCCUUCAGGAUCUCAUUUAAUGUCUGGUGACUGGGUUCAUAGAAAGCCUGGGUCUAGCUUUCCUCAGUUACCUCAAGGUUACCCCACCAAUGCAGACAGGUUCAGGAUGGGCGUUUACCACAAGAAGCACCUAGCCUAUAGCACAGCACACAAUCCCAGCAACACCCAAACAAUGUCUAGAGGUCAAGGAGGGAGCUCAAAGACUAACCACCUGACGGCGGUGGCGCCUGCUUCUACCUCCUCUGUCAUUGGGUCACAAUGUGGAAGGCCGGGCAUUAGGACGGAUGCUGACAAGCCGUAUGCCUGCCCCACGUGUGGGAAGCGCUUUGCUAAGACUAAAUAUAUGAAACAGCACCAGAACAUUCACACCAAGGAGAGGCCUUUCAAGUGCAAACUAUGUUACAAGAGCUUCUCCUUCCUGAGUUACCUCAUCAGACAUAGCUGUGCCCAAAAUGGGGAGAAAUUGUAGCUAUUCUUUAGCUGAAAUAUUUAAUUUAUCAUGUGAAGUGUACUGGGGGUAAGACUUUUGGGGAUUACUAGGUCCCUUAGUUGAGCAUCUGGGUACACUCACAUGAUACAGACUUGUUGUUUUGGUGUGCUAGCCAAAACACUGACAUUGAAGUGUAUUUCACCUCUGAACUUGGUUUUGCCUAUGUUUUAUUCAUAACAAUAUGUUUUAUAACCCCUUUUUUAAAACACAUUAUUUGGCAUAGUCAGGUGGGAUCUGUUCAUUUAUGUACAACAACAGAAAAAUAGGUGAUCAAAUAUUUUAAUAAAUGAGAUAUCAUGUCCUUUUGAUAAAAAAAAAAAGCAAAUAAAAUUAACUUAUCAUUAAGAAUUAAACAUGACCUUAGUUU